AUGAAAAGCCGCGCUCCUCUCCCGGUCCCCUCCGGCCCACAAUCACUCCAGAACGGCCAUUCCCGCAACCCCUCGGGCUUCGAUAUGGCUGCCCGCAGCCCUCCUAACCAGAGCAACACCAAGCAUGUGCCUUGCAAAUUUUUCCGCCAAGGAGCUUGUCAGGCCGGGCCUGCGUGCCCCUUCCUACAUUCUACGGAUGCCACGAUUGACUAUGCCCCCUGCAAAUACUUCACAAAGGGUAAUUGCAAGUUCGGAGCGAAAUGUGCACUGGCGCAUAUUCUCCCCGAUGGCCGACGGGUAAAUCGUCCUAACCCUGGUAUGGCAAUGGGUGGAAGCCAUCUGAAUCUGGGCGGGCGUGUCAAUCCACAAGCCUACGUCAAUCAAGACUCCGCGCUGACGAACUCGGUACUUUCCCAACAACGGAUGAACGGUCACGAUCCGCGAUAUGCCUCCCAGGUCUCAGCGCAAGACGAAUAUGUCGCGUUACAUGCGCAACAACAGCAACAGCAACCUUACGACGCUAUCCCCACGAUCGACACAGGCUUGGUCUCGGAUGCCGGCUCAAAGUAUGGAUCACCCGUUGAUGAUCUGCGUUUCCCGAUGUCCCCAAAUCAUCGUCACCUAACUGCACUCGAUGCUCCACUUCCUGCAUCCUUUGACAGCCAAGGAAUAUCGCACGCAGCUCGUUACGGCCCGGUUGCGGCCUCCGUUCCCUCGAAAUUUGGACUGGAGCUGUCUCCGCCAGCACAGCGUAUGGGUGCGCCGUCAGAUGCACUCCGAAACCUCCGGGACACAGCCUACGGCCCUGACAUGAGAAAACCCUCCUCUUCUUUCGUCGGCUCAUCUCCCCCGGGUCUCCUUGAAGAUAGUAUUGGACCGCGGUUCCUCCAUUCACAGCGGCCUAUAAAACCACGUGUGCUCUCUGCUAGCGUACCUCGGCCCACGGCUUUGGAUGAUUGGGAUGAUAGCAACUUCCCGAUGGAGGAAGAUUAUCUGCCAAUGAACUUGCACGAUGAUGUCCUUACACCUCAGGAGCGACUCCGGCGUCUGUCGCGCACCGACCUUGAACUCAGCUCAAGCCAUCGCGAUCUCAGCGGUCUCGGUAUGAGUGGCACGAGUCUGUCGAAAGUUGGCUCCCCGCUCGCCUCCAGCCCGUCUCGAUUUGGCGCUUUGUUUGCCAAACAGCGACAGAGGAAGGAGGAAGAUGCCCACGGCACCUCGCUCACCCACAUUGGAUCGCCGCUACGUGAGUCUUCUUUGAAUCUUGGUACCAGCCCCAGCUUGGGCCCAAUUGGUAGCCGGCAGAUUUCCGGCGAUGUUUCGCCAUUCAUUUCGAGUCCUUCUCGCCAACCAUCGAUGUCUAUGAUAUCGCAGCAACUCAGCGGCAUAUCUCUUCAUCCUGGCUCAGCCCGUCAUUCGUCAUCCGUAGGCGCUAGCAGCCGCCUUGACCGCACUGUUUCAUCGCCAGUUAGCACGAGCAAGAUUGAUGAGGAGCAAGGCGACUUGGUCUUCUCAAUGGAGGAGGAGGAAAACAACAAGCGAAACAGUACCUCAUGGAGUCCACACAAAACCGAUUCAAACGACGAUGAGGCUUCAACACCUACCAGCAAUUCAGGUUUCCAGCCAUAG